AUGUUCAUAAAGCAACACCAGAAGUAUCGUGUGUGCUCAAGAAAGAGGCAGCACGUGCUCGCCACUCAAGUUGAAAGCUGCUCCCAAGAACUGUCGGGCACAAGGAGAGAGACUGUCAACGCUACUAACUCAACAGAAAGAAAAGACAAGGAGCUAGCUUACUCCAGCAACAACGCAGAAGGAGGACGUAUGGUUCCGCAAUACACAAGGUAUGAACAGGCUGAAUUUGUAGAGAGGGAAAUAGAACAGAUGACGGAGCAGAUCAAAUCAAUUAUCCAGACCUUAAAUGCCAACCAGGGUGGAGAACUUGAAGCAAUUGAUGGCAUGACUCCAUUAGAUGUGAUUGUUCGGAUCUUGAACAAUCAACUGAGUUCUCUAAUGUGGAUAGAUGAGAAGGCUGAGGAAUUCUCUUCAAGGAUCCAAAAACUGGCCACUCAAGGUUCCACCAUUGAUCGUGAAAUGGGAGGUCCUAGAUUUUGGAUGUCUUGAAUAUCUGAAUAUUUACAUCAUACUACCUCUUUGAGAUCUGUUCUGUGAGUGCUGAAGACAAUUGUUAGAAACACUUCUAUCCCCUUGGUACCAAUUGAUUUGGUUGCUGGAGGGGGAAGCUCAUCUGUGCUGUAGGUUGGUCAAGUUUUCCUCAAUGAUGUUUAGCGUUUUAAAAUGUGUAAUUUGUGCUGAUAUUUAAGUCUACAUAUUGCAUUCACUACUUUUUGUAGCUAAUUUCCUCCAGCUAUAUUGUCAAUUCGUUUUCUGUCUCAGCUCAUUUUUGAAAUGAAGUUUCUUAAUUCAUUCUCUGGUGAAGGGAAAUUGAACCCAAAUCAUAGCCUCAUUAAAGAGGACUUUAUGCCAA